AUGGAAACCGCGCCCACCAGAUCACGACCCUACGGGCCGCUUGAGCUCAUUGAUUGGGACAGGGAGUACGCACAGCUGGCGGAAGCUCGCAAACAGCAGGCCCCCCAGAGUACCCGUCUCCGCCACCUCAUCUACUCCAAUUUGCAUUCAAUUCUCCUAAUAUCUUCCUCUGUGACGAUUGCGCUGCUUACGAUCGGCAUUGACUACGUCUCCAUGUACUUGCACGGCUUGCGAACGGGCGUGUGCAAGCAAAACGUGCUUAUUCCCGCCUACGAGUGCGACGACCUGGCCGAUUGGUCCACAUAUUUCCUCUUUUUCACCAAAAGCAGUGUGUUGCGCCGCACAAACGACCUCAUCGUCUACAUCAUGAUUGUGCUUGUGCUGGCGCUCUUCGGCGCUCUCCUGGCGUCAAAACACAUUUACAUCGCGCACGGAGGCAUCCCGGAAAUUAAGUCGAUUCUUUCCGGCACCAACAUCCCAGACUUCCUGAAUAUCAAGAUGAUCAUGUCCAAGGUCGCGAGUCUUGUGCUCGUCGUCUCCAGUGGCCUAUUUCUCGGCAUCGAAGGCCCUCUCGUGCACAUUUCCAUGGGAGUGAUGCAGUUUUUCAUGAACCUGCUCCCGCUCACGCAAAACGAGGCGGUGAAAAGAGAGUAUCUCUCGUCGGCAGUCGCCAUUGGAAUCGGUCUCGCGUUCAAUGCGCCCAUCGGUGGCGUACUCUUUGGUCUCGAGCAGAUCCACUCCGCGUUCCCCGUCGAUAAACUGAUGUGGAACGCAUUUAUUUGCUCGACAAUCGGCGUCACUCUACUGCAAAAACUGCACCCAUAUAUGGAGAUGAACAUCGACGACAUGUUCACAGUGUCGCUGAAAAACAACUGGCUCAGCUACGAAACGAUCCCGUACAUGUUUCUGGGGCUCCUGUGCGGCGUGCUCGGCAUAUUCUUCUGCAAGAUCAACAUUUAUUUUGCAACCUUCAGACAGCAGAGGCUCGACAACGAUAAACUAAAAAUAGUUGAGGUCGUUUCGAUUGCUUUAGCAGGCGCGGUCGUUGGCCGCAUGUCUAACUACUCGAUGUUCUCGCUCCCAAAAAUGCUUCAGCAGCUCUUCAACAGCUGCACGGACGACUCCGACGGCCUGCUAUGUUCCAAAGACGCCGGCUUCCCGUGGAGGCUUUCGUUGACUCUCGUUGCCGGCAUUAUGCAAAGCUUCUUCUUCAGCGCGUACAGCUACGGCUGCAACGUCCCUGGUGGACUGCUGCUGCCUUCGCUGGUGAUCGGCGGCUCUGUGGGACGUCUGGUUGGCGUCUUGCUCGAGGCCGCCCAGAACCAGCUGAUUACGUCAGCGCUCCAUCUGCAGUGUCUCAACGAGAAGAAGUGCAUCUCUGUGGCCUCGUACGCCGUUGUUGGGGCCGGCUCGUUCGCUGCGGCCGUCUUCAAAAUGAACAUUACCAUGGUGGUCAUUCUGUUCGAGCUCACUGGGGCUGUCACAUACAUGAUUCCGAUCAUGCUCGGUGUGUUCUGUGCGCGCUUUUUGAACGACAUGAUUGUGGACCAGAGCAUCUACGAGAUGUGGCUCGAAAUCUCCAACCUACCGUACGUCGUGCCUGAUAUUGAGGACCGUCUCUCAAACCCUGACUAUGCGGUGAAAACAUGUGCAUCGGUCAUGAGACCGGCUGAAGAGAUACAUGUUUUUGAAGACGGCACUCUGACUCUCGCAGAUAUCGAGAGAGCGCCGGAAAUGAAGGGGUAUCCGGUAGUCCGCGACGGCGAGCUCUACGGCUAUGUUACAAGCUACAGUCUCCGAAGAGAGCUGGCCUUUUUGAAAGAACAGGGAGUGGUCUCUUUCGACACCGUGGUUACAUUUGGACAGACGCAGUCCGGGUACCACACACUGGAGCAUCUACUGACAGGACUAAACCUGCUACAGGUGGUAAAUGGCGACACAAAGCUGCUGACGGCGUGCCAAAUUAUGGACCAGCUCAUUCUGGACAGCAUUUUCGUGUGCUACCUUGGAAGCUAUAAAUUGCAGGGAAUAAUUUAUAGAGAGAUGGUCUAA